AUGGAUGAAGGAGAUCGUACAUGUUAUGUUAGCAAUUUCUCACAAGCAGUCACAAGUGAUUUACUGGAGGAGCUGUUUACUCAGGUUGGUCCUCUUGAAAGAGUAGCGGUUACUGAAAAGAACGGUCACCGUUUUGCCAUGGUGGUGUUCGAAGACGAAGAGAGCGUCCCAUUUGCCGUUGAAACCCUCGAUGGUAUUCACAUGUUCGACAUCCCCUUAAUGGUGAAGCCCAGAAAUGGCUCGAAACAUAGCACCUUAUCUCGAAGGUCAUUAGACUCUAAACGGCGGGAGCCUUAUCCGGUUUCUCACUCAUCCUCGUAUCCGGGUAACCGUAGAAAUGAUUAUGCAAGACAAAACAGUUACGAUGAACGUUGGAGCGGUCAUUACCAUUCCUCUCCACAAUCGCCCAGUGUUGCAGUGUUGACCCCACCGCCGCCUCCGCCUCCUCCAAAUUCAUAUCCUAGCUUCAAAAUGCGCACCAGCGCACCUGGACGUUUCGACACGCCUAGAUCGAGUUUUUCAGGAAGGCCAGGUGGUGAGCAAAGAAGAACAUUUCCAUCAAAGCCAUCAGACAACAGAAUGUUCGAAAGUGGCGAUUUGAGUAGUGGCGACAGAUGGCGAGAACGUGGGAGAGAUGGUCGUUACACGUACCGCAAUACGAGCGUUUCAAGUGGAUCAAGCAGUAGGUCGAGUCGUGAAUACAGAAGAUACUGA